AUGCAAUAACAAAAAAAUAAAAAAAGGAAAUUUUAAAAGCAUCAAAGAUCUGGUUAAUAAAAUGCUUCAUCAGAUAUUUUAUAUAGUGGAUUUCUAAUCACAUGUGAUAAAAAUAGAGAGAGAGAAGCUAUAAAAGAAGGUUAUUAAAUUAUUGAACAAUAUGUUGAAUUAAUUUAUCCUCAAGAAUCAUAAAAAUAUGAAAAAAUGCUUUAAUAAAAUACAAAUAAUAAAGGGAUUGUAAAAAUGCUAUAUAAUUUUGAAACUAAAGUUAAAUGUGUGAUUUUCAUCAGAAUUAAUAAUUAAGAAUUUCCAUCAAUAGAUGUUGAUGAAUUGAGUCGAAUGAUCUUAAGUGAUGUUUAUGAAAAGUCAUAACAAGUUGCUCGCUAUAUCUAUAGAUUGAUUCCCAUCUAAUAUGUAUUUAGAGCAAUUAUAGAUGAAUUUAAAAAAUAUGCUACUUUGUUAGUCAAUAAGUAUUUUCAAUUAGACAGACCGCAUCCAUGGUUUUUGAUAUUCAAAACCAGAUACACUGAUAAAAUUAAUAAACAAUAAGUCUUAUCAAUUUUAUAAGAAUUGAUUGAACCUUUACAUUAUCAAGACUGGUAAGAACCUGAAUUUGUUUUCUUUGUAGAAGUAAAUGGAGCCAUUAUGUACAUAAAUAUAUUACCAAAAUAUCAUGAAUUUAGGGAAUAUUCAAUUAGAAAAGGUGGAUAGCCAGUUUUAGAUAAUGUUCCUGAGAGAAAAAAUAAUUUUACUGAUAAAAUAGUAAAGAAAGUUAAAUUUUAAAAUGAAGAAGAAGUUUAGAAACCAAUAGAUAUUUAGGAUCCGAAUUCAGAUUUUUAGAAGAAAGAAUUUUUUAUAGAAUAAGAUGUAGAUCUAUUGUGAUUAAUUU